GCCCGCGCCCGUGUCGCCGCCGUGCCCGCGAGCGGGAGCCGGAGUCGCCGCCGCCCGAGCGCAGCCGAGCGCACGCCGAGCCCAAUCGCCACCGCCAUGGCCACCACGGUGACCUGCACCCGUUUCACGGACGAGUACCAGCUAUACGAGGAUAUUGGCAAGGGGGCUUUCUCUGUGGUCCGACGCUGUGUCAAGCUCUGCACCGGCCAUGAGUAUGCAGCUAAGAUCAUUAACACCAAGAAGCUGUCGGCUAGAGAUCACCAGAAGCUGGAGAGGGAGGCUCGGAUCUGCCGCCUGCUGAAGCAUUCCAACAUUGUACGCCUCCAUGACAGCAUCUCUGAAGAGGGCUUCCACUACCUGGUCUUCGACCUGGUCACUGGUGGGGAGCUCUUUGAAGACAUUGUGGCGAGAGAGUACUACAGCGAGGCUGACGCCAGUCACUGUAUCCAGCAGAUCCUGGAGGCCGUUCUCCACUGUCACCAAAUGGGGGUCGUCCACAGAGACCUCAAGCCUGAAAACCUGCUCCUGGCCAGCAAAUGCAAAGGGGCCGCAGUGAAACUGGCAGACUUCGGCCUGGCCAUCGAGGUUCAGGGAGACCAGCAGGCAUGGUUUGGAUUUGCGGGAACACCAGGCUACCUGUCUCCCGAAGUUCUUCGGAAGGAGGCCUAUGGCAAACCAGUGGACAUCUGGGCAUGUGGGGUGAUCCUGUAUAUCCUGCUGGUGGGAUACCCACCUUUCUGGGAUGAGGACCAGCACAAGCUGUACCAGCAGAUCAAGGCUGGGGCCUAUGACUUCCCAUCCCCCGAGUGGGACACCGUUACCCCUGAAGCCAAAAACCUCAUCAACCAGAUGUUGACCAUCAACCCCGCCAAGCGCAUCACGGCCCACGAGGCCCUGAAGCACCCAUGGGUCUGCCAACGAUCCACGGUGGCCUCCAUGAUGCACAGACAGGAGACUGUGGAAUGUCUGAAGAAGUUCAACGCAAGGAGGAAGCUCAAGGGAGCCAUCCUCACCACUAUGCUGGCCACACGGAAUUUCUCAGUGGGCAGACAGACCACCGCUCCGGCCACAAUGUCCACCGCGGCCUCCGGCACCACCAUGGGGCUGGUGGAACAAGCCAAGAGUUUACUCAACAAGAAGGCAGACGGAGUCAAGCCCCAGACAAACAGCACCAAAAACAGCUCGGCCAUCACCAGCCCCAAAGGAUCCCUUCCUCCUGCCGCCCUGGAGCCUCAAACCACCGUUAUCCAUAACCCAGUGGACGGCAUUAAGGAAUCUUCCGACAGCACCAACACAACCAUAGAGGACGAAGAUGCCAAAGCCCCCAGGGUCCCUGAUGUCCUGAGCUUGGUGAGGAGGGGCUCAGGAGCCCCAGAAGCCGAGGGCCCCCUGUCCUGUCCAUCUCCAGUUCCCAUUAGUCCCCUUCCAGCCCCGUCCCCCAGGAUCUCUGACAUCCUGAACUCAGUGAGAAGGGGCUGUGGAACCCCAGAAGCCGAGGGACCCCUAUCAGUGGGGCCCCCGCCCUGCUUGUCUCCGGGUCUCCUAGGCCCCCUGCCCACCCCGUCCCCCAGGAUCUCUGACAUCCUCAACUCAGUGAGGCGGGGCUCAGGGACCCCAGAAGCUGAGGGCCUCCCACCAGUGGGCCCCCCACCCUGCCCAUCUCCGACUCUCCCUGGCCCCUUGCCCACCCCAUCCCGGAAGCAGGAAAUCAUCAAGACCACAGAGCAGCUCAUCGAGGCCGUCAACAACGGCGACUUUGAGGCCUAUGCGAAAAUCUGUGACCCAGGCCUGACCUCAUUUGAGCCUGAAGCUCUGGGCAACCUGGUCGAAGGGAUGGAUUUCCACAGAUUCUACUUCGAGAACCUGCUGGCCAAGAAUAGCAAGCCGAUCCACACCACUAUCCUGAACCCGCACGUGCACGUCAUCGGCGAGGAUGCAGCAUGCAUCGCUUACAUCCGCCUCACACAGUACAUCGACGGCCAGGGCAGACCCCGCACCAGCCAGUCCGAAGAGACCCGUGUGUGGCACCGCCGCGACGGCAAGUGGCAGAAUGUCCAUUUCCACUGCUCGGGCGCUCCAGUGGCCCCACUGCAGUGAGAGCUGCGCCUGGUUUCACCGGACAGAGUUGGUGUUUGGAGCCCAGCCGCCCUCGGGCGCACGGCCUGCCUGUCGCAUGUUUGUGUCUGCCUCGUCCCCUCCCCUGGUGCCUGUGUCUGCAGAAAAACAAGACCAGAUGUGAUUUGUUUUUUUUUAAAAAAAAAAAAAAGUAAGAUGA